CGCGGGGUUCGGGCCGGGGGCUGCUCCUUCCCUCCCGCCGCGAGCGCGGUCGGAGGUCGCAGCGCCCCCCGGAGCCCGGAGCCCAGGCGCACGCGCGCCUGCCUCUGCCGCCAACUUCGGGAGGUGCGAGCGGCGUCGGGGGGACGCGGGCGGCGGCGGAGGCUGCGGGAGUCGCGGGACCGAGGGACUCGAGGGACCGCGGACCCGGGGGGUCCGGCUCCCGGCGCCGGGCCUCAGUUUCCCCCACGGGAGCCUCAUCCCACCCCCAGAGCCCCAGCGAGUCCGCGGGGUCCGAGUCGCGGCCGGCGCGGGGCGGGGAGGGGCGGGAAGUUUGCGCCCCACGCGCGGCCUCGCAGGCUUGGCGGCUCCGCUCCCGGCCGGGCGCAGGUGGCCAUGGUGCCCAGUGCUGCCCCAUAGCAGGCUGCCAUGUCGCGGGAGGCGGGCUCAUGCCGCGUGGGCACAGGGGCGAGGGCGCGGUCUCGGAAGCCCAAGAAGCCACACUACAUCCCGAGGCCCUGGGGCAAACCCUACAACUACAAAUGCUUCCAGUGCCCCUUCACCUGCCUGGAGAAGUCGCACCUCUACAACCACAUGAAGUACAGCCUCUGCAAGGACUCCCUGUCCCUGCUGCUAGACUCCCCAGACUGGGCGUGCCGCCGUGGCUCCGCCACACCCAGGCCCCGCGCACCCACCCCAGACCGCCCCGGGGAGUCCGACCCCAGCAGGCAACCGCAGGGAGCACGGCCCGCAGGUGCUGCCCCCGCGCCUGACCUCGUGGUUGCCGAUGUCCGCUCCCUGCACCGUGGCGGAGGCCCCAAGCCCAGGGCCGAGGGGUCCCCAGGGCCACCACCUCCUGUGGCUAGGGCCACCCGGAAGGGUCCCGGCCCCAGUGGGCUCCUGCCUGAGUCGUGGAAGCCGGAGAUGGGAGGGGGCCCAAGGGGCGUGGGUGCGGGGGACAUGGCCUCAGCAGGCCCUGAGUGCAGCGUCCCCUGCUAUCCCCCGCCUGCCCCAGGGGAGUUCCCUGAGGCCCACAGCCUCCACCUGUCUCUUCUGGGCGUCAACUACCCUCUCAGCCCAGGCCUCUUCUCCUACUUGGGGCCCUCACUGGCCGCUGCAGCCCACGUGCCCUUCCUGGCCCCGGCCAGCCCCCUGCUGCCCCCGGCUGCGGCCUUCCCAGCCGUGCAGCCCCCUCAGCGCCCCACCCUGGCCCCCCGCCUGUACUACCCACUGCUUCUGGAGCACACUCUGGGGCUGCCAGCAGGCAAAGCUGCCCUUGCCAAGGCCCCUGUCUCCCCCAGGAGGCCCUCUGGGACUCUGGCUCCUGGCCUGCUGAAGGUGCCGGUUCCAGGGCUGGGGCCCUGGCCCCGAGUCACCCCUAGGGACCCAGGGCAGGAGGGGGAGCUGGAGCGGGCAGCCCAGAGUGACCCCAGGAGGAGGCUGUCCCUGGGAAGCAGGCUGGAGCUCCCAAAGGCAUCCCCCAGCCUGACGAGCUUCUGUUCCCGGAGCAGCCUGCCCACCGGCUCCUCUGCGAUGCUGUGGCCUGAGGACAGGGAGCCAGGCGGCCCUGAGACCCCCGGCCCUGAGGGCCCCCUCCCCCUGCAGCCACGGGGCCCAGUGCCAGGAAGCCCGGAGCACGUGGGUGAGGACCUGACCCGGGCCCUCGGUGACUACGCCAGGGUGGAGCAGCGCCUGGGACAGCUGGGGCCCGCGGGGGGCCUGGCCCCGAGACCCCUGCGGGAGCAGCUGGGCAAGAUCCGCCUGGAGCUGCUCACCAUUCACCAGGCACUGGAGCGGGCCGUGAGGCCGCCAGACGCACCCCUCGACCUCUCUGUGAAACGCGCGCCCGCCAAGGGGCCCCAGGCUCUUGGAGAGGCGUGGGGGCAGCCCGAGCUGGGUCCCAUGUUGACCGGGGGUACCCCCGAGCCACCCAGCAUGCUGGGCCCUGCAGCGCCCCAACCCUUCUCCGGCCACACCACCAAGUGUGAGGCCGACUCCAGCGUCCCACCCCCAGGGCUCCCCCUCCCAGCCCCAGAUGACCCUGUCAUUCCUGGCAGUGGCCGGGGCACCUGUGUUGCGACGGGGAGUUCCCAGACCCCUGAGGCUGUCUGUGGCCUGCAGAGCCCCCAGGGCGCCGAGGUCUGACCUGCACCUCCUGAGGUCCGACUGUCUCUGCCUGCAGCGUGCCGGCCCUUCUCCUGCAGCCCCUGCCCCUCACCUGCCCCAGCCCCGUGGCCAAGGCCUGGGACCUGCCCCGCCUCCGCAUGCAUGUGGAUAGACCCCCACGGGCCGUGGCCAACGCUUGUCCCUGGGGCCACAGGAGGUCACAGUUAUUUAUUGAUCACAAUUGUGGACAGGACAUUAAAACAGAAACUGUGUUCACACA